CCAGAGCCAUGUUGGCUCAAGGCCGUUUGAGGGAAACUCGUAUCUCCCGCGUGCAAUGGGGGGAUGGCCUCAGCCCGCUGACCGCGCCGCGGCUGGCGGGCGCCAGCAGCCAUACGGUCUUCGGGUUGGUCAUCAAGAUCUACGUAUGGGCCAUCGCGGUCAGCGGGCGGAUCAUCAAGAUCCACGACGAAGAUUCCCAUGUUGGAAACUUCCUGGAAACGGUACCGAGAACCAGAGUGGAAUCCGCUGUUAAGCGUAUGGGAUACAUGCCAGACAUGGAUGCCAGCCGAAUCCUGAACGAAUCGUGAUCUUUACCACCGCUGCUCUUUAGAAGCUCGACGACAAGUACGACACCAUGUACAACACCAGGUGCGGCAAAAACGACACCAAGUACAACACCACGUACUACAAGGCGGAGUACACACAUGUAUAUAUAUAUAUAUAUAUAUAUAUCGUCGUCGACGCCCCAGAUCGCGACCACCAGUACGACCUCCAGUGCGACCAACAGCACGACCAGUACGACAACUUGUGCGACAUCGGCGGCUGCCACCAGCGCUGCCUUCUCGACCAGUCUGGGCACCCGUGCGCGGUCGACGACCAUCACCAGGACCAUCAUACGAAACCGCACGGUAACAACCUCCACCUGCCUGCGCUCAUGCCAGCGCCGGGCCUUGUGGCGGAGGCCCCUCGCUUGGCGGAGCUGCGGAGGCCGCGUGCUGAGCUGCGACAGGGCCACCGGCAGAGCCGCGAGAGGCGCCGGCGGGGCUUCGAGGUCCUCCGGCUGAACUCGACGAGCGCGUGCCACUACUCGCAGAAGUCGCUACUCGCAAAUGGCC